UCCGGUGAUAGUUUUGUAUCUCGCUAAGUAUCGUGAGAUUGUGAUCACGCACCGGACUGAUCAAAAUGGCCGACGAUGAACCUAUUUCUGAUCGGGAGAGGGUGCGGAUUGCAUCAAAUUUCAUUCUCCAUGCCCCACCGGGAGAGUUCAACGAAGUCUUCAAUGAUGUGAGAAUACUACUUGACGAUGACGCUCUGCUGAAGGAAGGCGCUUCAGGAGCCUUUGCACAAUACAACAGAGAUCAGUUCACGCCAUGCAAAAUUGAAGGUUCAGAUUUUCAGGUGCUUAUAACAGAACAUGGUGACUUAGGAAACAACCGAUUCCUGGAUCCUCGAUCCAAACAAACGUUCCGUUACGACCACCUGAGGAAAGAGGCUCAGGAUGUUCAACCUGCGGAAGUGGACCAACGAGCGGAGUCGUGGCGGGCGGCCAUUGAGUCAGCGGUGACGGCGUACAUCGCCUCCCACUACAAGUUUGGCGUGGCCACCGUCUACGGGAGCAGCGCGGACGGAAACAUCACCAUCAUCGCAUGCUUCGAGAGUCACGCUUUUGAGCCCAAGAACUGGUGGAACGGCCGAUGGCGGGGCCAGUGGUCCGUGACCUUCCCAGAGUCGGGCGGGUCUGCCGAGGUCACCGGUGUUCUAAGAGUGCAGGUACAUUACUAUGAAGAUGGAAAUGUUCAAUUAGUCAGCUCAAAGGAAGUGAAACAAAAUAUAAAAGUUCAGAGUGAACCGGAGACGGCCAAGAACUUGGUUCACCUCAUCUCGGAGGCUGAAGGGGAGUACCAGCGAGCUCUUUCAGAAAACUACCAGACAAUGUCUGACACCACCUUCAAGGCCCUCCGUCGCCAGCUGCCUGUCACACGCUCCAGGAUAGACUGGAACAAAAUUUUGGGAUACAAGAUCGGUGGCGACUUGAAGAGUAAUAAAGGCGAACAGUAUGAUUGAAUGUACUUGUA